AGUGAGUGAGUGAGGGAGGGGUGUGUGUGUGUGUGGGGGGACGCCAGCGUAACAUCCCCACGCAAUCUCUCCUUCUCUCUCCUCCACAGACGACAAAAAACAAGGGCAUUGCUCCUUUCGUCAUUUGCCAGCCUUCUCUCUUUUUGUGUACGUUUGCGUGUGUGUAUUUUCUUCCCACCUCCAUCUUUUUUUUUUUUCCCCCACCGGGAGGCUCUGAGGUCCUGUUUAUUCGAGGACAGGGGCGUGAGGGGUGGAUGCUGGUGCAAGGAGAGCUGUAGGUACACGGGCUACGGGAAGCAACUCUUCAACCAUCACCACGAUGGGCAGAAUGAAAUUUCUCUCCUUCCUCUUCCUUUGCUUGACUUCGGUUGCCAGUGGCAACAAAGCUAAUAAGCACAAGCCAUGGAUCGAGACCGAGUACCAGGGCAUCGUCAUGGAGAACGACAACACCGUGCUCCUCAACCCACCGCUCUUCGCCCUGGAUAAAGAUGCUCCGCUGCACUACGCCGGUGAAAUUUGUGGCUUCCGGGUACACAACGGGCCUUCUGGCUCAGGUUCGGUCCAGUUUGAGGCUGUGGUUCUGGACCGCUCCACCGGUGAGGGUCUUGUUCGUUCCAAGGAGCCGCUGGACUGUGAGAGCCAGCGGGAGCACAGCUUCACUAUCCAGGCUUAUGAUUGUGGCGAGGGACCUGAUGGAGUCAACAGCAAGAAAUCCCACAAGGCGACUGUGCACGUACGUGUCAAUGACGUCAAUGAGUUCUCUCCCGUGUUUGUGGAGCGUCGCUAUGAGGCAUCUGUCCCAGAGGGGCGUCUCUUCGACCGUAUCGUACGAGUGGAGGCUCUGGAUGCUGACUGCUCUCCACAGUACAGCCAGAUUUGCUUCUAUGACAUCAUCACCCCCAAUGUGCCCUUUGCUAUUGACAACGACGGUAACAUUAAGAACACCGAGCCGCUGGACUCCAGGCGUCAGCGUGUACACACCUUCUGGGUGACCGCCUUCGACUGCGGGAAGAACCGCGCUCAAGCCGACGCUCAAGUUGCCGUCACGGUGAAACCGUCCUGCAAACCCGGCUGGAUGGGUUGGACCAAGCGAGUGGAGUACACACCUGGAUCAGGCAGCAUCCCGCUUUUCCCCAGUUUGCAUUUGGAGACGUGUGAGGAGACCGUGUGGAACAUCCAAGCCUCCGUAGAGCUUCAGACCGGCCACAUCGGCAAAGGUUGUGACCGAGACAGCUACUCCGACAGAUCCGUGCGACGACUCUGUGGUGCUGUUCGUGGCGAGGUGGACCUCCUUCCUCCUCCGUCACCUGCAGCCAACUGGACGUCAGCUCUUCCCACACUGCCCUCCUCGGAUUCAUCCUUGGUUUUUUCCUUUAAUGGGUCAAAUCACGUGGCCGUGGUGCCCGAUUCAGUCGUCUCCGGGCUGUCCGGCGACCAUUUUACCUUGCAGCUGUGGAUGCGAAGGUGGGGCACCAAUGUCCAGCCUAUGGCCGCUCAGACUAAGGGGAGUCGCAAGGAGGAGGAGACCAUCGUGUGUGGCACUGUUAAGAAUGACGACUCGUUCUCCCACUACUCCCUGUCGGUGCAUGGCUGCCGUCUUUCUCUCUUCUACUGGCCCGACGUCUCCGCUGCACGGCCCGUCAAGUUCUUGUGGAAACUGGAACAGGUAUGCGACAGUGAGUGGCACCACCUGUCGCUCAGCGUCCAAUUCCCUUCUGUGACCCUGUAUGUGGAUGGCGUCACCUUUGACCCCGCCCUCAUCCACGACAACGGCGCUCUGCCAAACCCGGUCCCGCGUCAGAGGAUGCUCAUCGGCGCCUGCUGGGAGCCAGAGGAGAAGCAGAAGGAGAUAGUGAACAACAGCAUCACAGAAGUGAAGUAUGUCGGAGGUUACCACGGGCUCUUGUCAGGGGUGACUGUGCGUCCAGGCAGCGUGGAGCCUCACAGCGUGGUGGAGUGUCUGUAUGCCUGCAGGGAGGGGCUGGACUUUGGAGACCUGGAGACUUUGGGCUCCGGUAUGAAGGUGCACGUGAACCCGAGUCAGUCGGUCUUGGUGCUGGAGGGAGAUGACAUCGAGAGUUUUAACCGUGCCGUGCAGCAGGUGACCUACAGAAACUCCCUCCGCUUCGCCACGCCGGGAGUGCGACCCCUCAAACUCACCACCUCGCUCAGAUGUUUCAACGAGGAGAGCUGUCUGUCCCUCAAGCCCUUGGAAGGGUACCUGGUGGUCCUCCAGCCUGAUGCUCCACAGAUCUCGCUGUCUGGGGUCGGCCCCCAUCUGGCUCGCCCUGCUCCCGAGUUCGAAGGCCCCCGAGGCGUCCCCCUUUUCCCUGAGCUGCGCAUCGUCUGUUCACUGACUCACGCUGUCAACACAGCUGCACAAGGAAUGGAAGGUGGAGCGCUGAUGUCCGACGCCGUGGCCCACACUUUGGACGGCUGUGAGGUCCAACCUUUGGGGGAGGAACUGGACCCGGAGAGGGAGGAGCUUCUAGUGGAUAUGGAUGUCGUACGGGAGCGGGGCUUGGAAAUCAUCAAUACUACAGCCUACAUUGCCAUCACAGGUGCUGAGUCCAUCUCUGUGUAUGAGGACGUCCUUCGCUCGGUCCACUACCGACUGUCCAGAAGCUCGUCUCGCUUCGAGAGACGCUUCCGUCUGUCCUGCUCUGAGAUGAACGGCAGAUACACCAGCAAUGAGUUGACUCUGGAGGUGAACUUCCUUCACUCCUUGGAUAGUAUGUACCAUCCCUCCCACUUGAUGGCGUCCCAGCAACAGUUUCUCCAUCAACAUGCAGGCGAGCUCAGUGGGCACGCUCUGCCCAGCCAACAUCGCAACACAGUGGUGCCAGGGGCCGCCACCAUCAUCAUCAUGGUGUGUGUGGGCUUCUUAGUCAUCAUGGUGAUCCUCGGCGUAUUCCGAAUCCGCUCCAUCCAUCGCCGCAGCGAGGAGGCCCGGGAGGCAGCGAAGGAGGGCGGUGGCCAGUGGGAUGACUCUGCGCUCACUAUCAUCGUUAACCCCAUGGAGUCGUACGAGUCUCGCAUGGGCAUCUCUGCUGACACGGAGGGAGAAGGCGAGGAGGAAGAGGAAGAGGAGGUGGCAGAGUCGCCUGACAACACCGGCGACGACCAGCGUAUCAUCUUCAAGAAGGAGGGGAGGGAGGGCAACGCCCGCCGCUACUGAGCUGCAUGUAAACCCUGCACCCGUUCUCAUGGAAACCACCGGUCACAACACUUUUAUGAUCAUGUAUGGAAUGUAUACCUGCAAACAACACGCACAACACCUUCAAUGUGAUAUACUCGGCCACACACACACACACACACACCACGCCAUACGUAACCUAUAGCCAACAAUGGGGCGAUUGUUCUCCACUUAAAUGUUCAGUGGCACAAUGUAUACAGUUAAUGUCAUUUAACAGUCUGAGCCACCUAAAUGAUUAGUGGUGCAUCACAAUGAUAAUGUGUCUGUAUAGCGUGAAGCUGAAUGAAUGAGGCUGCUUUCUUUUUAAAAAAAAAAACGAACAAAAAAUAGAUUGUAUUGUAUUUGGUUAUCGAACACAAUUGAAAUACUUGCUCUCCACAUGCCAACACCUGACUCACAAAGUCAGUGCACAAGCUGUUUCCUCCCUCUUUGCAACCUCUCGCAACACAUUCCGUACAAAAGAUAUGUUUUGUAAAGCUUACAUCUACGAAAGAAUAGUAGUGCCACAUUGAAAAACAAGCCAAAAACAAAAAAAUACCAUGGAAUUACAAGAAGAAAAAAAUACAAAUAUUAAUAAAAUAAAGUCGUAAUUUUUAAGAAUUAAUCUUACAUUUUUAGGAUUUAAUUUUUCUUCUUAAAAACUCAACUUUUUUUUUCAUAAUAUUACUAUUUAAUUCAGGAAUUAUUCUUGUAAUUGUAUUGACAAAGAUGAUGAUUGUCAUGUUGCAACUUUUUCAUACUAUUAUGAUUUAUCUCGUAACAUGACAACAUUAUUCUUGUAAUAUUGCAGUUUUUUUCUUGUAACAGUUCAACUUUAUUCUCUCAACAAGUAUAUUCUUGCAAUAUUACAACUUUAUUCAAGGAACAUGACAACGUUAUUCUUGUAAUUUUGUAGCUUUAGUCUCAUAACUUUAUUCGCUUAACAUUACGAUUUGCGAUAUUCCCUUUUUUUUUUCGGUAAUCCAUCUUUAUUCCUGUAACAUUCUGACUUUGUUCUCCCAACAUUCCCAUUUUGUUCUCUUAACAUUUUUUUUUCCGCAAUAUCGUGUUUUAUUAUUGUAACAUGCUGACUUUAUUCUCGUAAAAUGACAACUUCUACGAUUUUUUUGGUAGUGAAAAACAUGGCUCGUAAUAUUUAACAACUUAUGUCUAAUAACAUGGUCAUUUUAUUCUUUAUAAACAAUUUCUUCGUAAUAGUACAUCUUAAUUCUUGUAACAUUACGACUUUAUUCUCGUAACAUGAAAACAUUCUCAGAAAAAUAUGACCUUUCUGGUAACACAACUUUUUUUUCUCAAAUGUUACGAUUUCAUUUGUCUAACAUGGCAACUUCCCCCCCCCCCCCCCCCCCCCGAUAAACAGUUUCUCGUAACACAGCAACUUCGUUCAAAAGGUUUAGACUUUUUCCUCUGAAAAAUUUGACUAUCCUCGUAACGUUACGACUUUUUUUUGUCGCAAUAUUACGACCAAAUUCUGGUAACGUGGCAACUUAUUAUUCUUGACAAACAAUAUCUUGUGGCACUACGACUGUAUUCUCAUGACACGGCAACUUCAUUUUUAUAAUCAUACAACUUUUUGGUCAGAAAAACAUCCUAACAUUACCACUUCUUUCUCAUAUUACAACUUAAUGCUGACUUCUUAUUAUGCAGACUUUAUAAAAAAAAUGGUACUUCUGAAGUACCUAUGGCACAUUAUAGUACUUACAAUAAAAACAGCUGGACUUGACCUAUAAGGCAUCACACAUUGACCUCUGGAAUGUCUCCAAAAACCACACAACCGCACACACAUGCGCGCACACAACACACCACACAACCCCCCCGCUGUCCCCGGAAUGUCCGCUCAGCUUGGGCAGUUUGAUUGUAAUUGAUUGUAAUGAGUUUUAUGUACAUACAACAAUAAAUACUAUCAUCAUAUUAUUACCAUUAUGAAUUGUUAUUAUUGCAACAGCCACUUUUGAGAUGGAGAAGAUGAAGUCAUUUCCUGUUUAUGUUAAUUCCGACAUCAAAGAAAUAAGUAGGAAUAUAUAAUACUAUAGUAGUAGCGGUAAGGAUGAUAGCUCCUGGCUUGAUGAGUGUCUCUUACUUUUAUGUGUGAUAAUGUUGUAAUUUAAGAACUUGUCCAUAUCUGACUCACAGAAAACUAAAGGGGGAAAAAAAAAAAAAAGACUGGGAGGCGCACUUGUUGUGAUACCUGCAACUGUAGAUAAAUGUCUCAUCUUCUGCUCUCUUUUCACCAAAUUUCGACAUUCUUUUGUCCACCGAUAUUUGGGUUCAGUGAAUGUGACACCUCCACCGUCUCCCCCCACCCCUUCCGUGUCUUCUUGCUGUCCGUCUGUGUAUGUGCAGUGCUAAAAACCUGUCAGUAAAUCAAUUUAAAUGCCUGUUUAUUUUGUUUUGUUUUUGAAUGUGAUGUUAUGAAGGAGUAAACUUUGCAUUGCAUAACUUAUAUUAUAUUAUACCCACUGGAAUAUUAUGUAAUUACCGGUGUGGUGUGAGGACAUGGAUUGUUACAGAGAGAGAGACCACUGUCAACAAAAUUCAUAAUAAAAUCAAUAUAUGACGUCUCCA